AUGGAGGAAAGAGGGUUUAUAUCACCUUCAUUGACCGUAUCGGCUUCUUAUCGAGAAGGAGGAGGAGGAAGCAAGGGCUUGUCGCGACGGAAGUCGAUGAGGCCGAGCUUUGACGCCGCCGAUAACGAGUUUAUAACUUUACUCCAUGGCUCGGAUCCCGUAAGAAUUGAGUUAAAUCGGCUUGAGAACGAAGUUAGAGAUAAGGAUCGGGAAUUAUCUGAAGCACAAGCAGAAAUCAAAGCAUUGAAGUUGUCUGAACGGCAAAGAGAGAAGGCUGUUGAAGAGCUCACCGAAGAGUUGGGAAAGAUGGCGGGAAAACUCAAACUGAUUGAAAACCUUCUUGAGAGUAAAAACCUUGAAAUCAAGAAAAUAAACGAAGAAAAGAAGGCUUCCAUGGCAGCUCAGUUUGCAGCAGAAGCGUCUCUUCGUAGGGUUCAUGCUGCUCAAAAGGAUGAUGAUAUGCCUCCAAUUGAAGCAAUUCUUGCCCCGUUAGAGGCUGAACUGAAGCUUGCGAGACAAGAAAUUGCUAAACUUCAAGACGACAACAAAUCGUUGGACCGCCUUACCAAAUCAAAGGAAGCAGCUUUGCUUGAUGCUGAAAGGACAGUUCAGUCUGCAUUGGCAAAAGCUUCAAUGGUUGAUGAUCUCCAGAAUAAGAACCAAGAAUUGAUGAAACAAAUAGAAAUUUGUCAGGAAGAGAAUAAAAUUUUAGACAAGAUGCACAGACAGAAGGUGGCAGAAGUUGAAAAGCUUAUGCAGAGUGUGCGGGAGUUAGAAGAAGCGGUUCUUGCUGGUGGUGCAGCCGCAAAUGCAGUGAGAGAUUACCAGAGGAAAUUUCAAGAAAUGAAUGAAGAGAGAAAAAUUCUUGAACGGGAACUGGCACGUGCUAAGGUUAAUGCAAACAGAGUUGCUACUGUAGUAGCAAACGAAUGGAAAGAUUCUAACGACCAAGUGAUGCCUGUAAGGCAGUGGCUCGAAGAACGGAGGUUUCUGCAGGGAGAAAUGCAACAACUACGUGACAAACUUGCCAUAGCUGACCGAGCUGCAAAAUCUGAAGCUCAGCUGAAGGAGAAAUUUCUGCUGCGGCUUAAAGUGUUAGAAGAGAGUUUAAAGAGGCCUGCAAGCAGCAGCAACAGAGGCAUGCCUGGUGGUAGAAGUUCAAGCAAUGGGCCUUCUCGAAGACAAUCCCUUGGUGGAGCAAAUACAAGUCCAACAUCUACAUCAAACGGCAUUUUGAAUAAGAGAACACCAAGUUCUCAGUUGAGAUCAUUGACUACUAGUGCGAGCACUGUAUUGAAGCAUGCUAAAGGAACAUCAAGAUCAUUCGAUGGGGGUACCAGAUCGUUGGAUAGAAGCAAAGUGAUAACAAAUGGACCGGGAUCGAAGUUUCCUUUGAGCCACCAGUCUACUGAAGGAACUAGCAGAGGCGAAUCGCCUAGCUCAAUAAAAGAAGAAGAAUCAGAUGACAAGUCAACAAAUAACGAUAGCGUCCCUGGUGUCUUAUACGAUUUGCUGCAGAAAGAGGUCAUAAGAUUAAGAAAAGCUGCUCAUGAGAAAGAUCAAAGCCUAAGAGACAAGGACGAAGCUAUUGAGAUGUUGGCCAAGAAGGUUGAAACGUUAACAAAGGCGAUGGAAGUUGAGGCAAAGAAGAUGCGAAGAGAAGUAGCUGUAAUGGGUAAAGAAGUUGCGGCCAUGCGUGUGGAUAAAGGACAACAAGAUAGCAAAAACAGACGUCUCUCGAUCUCAAAGGGAUCUUCAAACACUGCUCAACUUCUUUCUGGAAGAGUGUUUGGGCGAACUGGGAUGACGAGGAGCACACCGUGA